AGUACGCAGCUCAUCCCCUCAAAUGUGCCGUUUGCGUUGAGAGUGGAACGAAGCCGUUUGGCACCAUUACAGUAAAAGUUACCGGAUGAAACACAAAGUGAUUUAUCCCUUUAACGGAGAAGGAAGCCAGGAAUGUUAACGGACUCCAUGUCGGUCAAAGGGCUUACGGUUGCUGCCCUGGCGCGAGCCUCGGAGUGAGCAACACGACUGCAAAAAAAAAAAUCAUCUGUUGCCAGUUGAAAAGCCCAGCGGCGAAGUGGACGUGAGACGAGGCGUUGCCUUUCGGCCGCCGUCACAGAGCGAGCAGCCUAUCCCGGAGGAUCGACAGUUACACACUGGAAAUGCCUUCUACUUGUAACGCGCCCGUUACAAUGGCUCGCGUCGGCAGCUAGCUCGUUCUCUCUUAACCCACCAUGUUGUCACGGAAGGCAGUUGACUCGUGACCGGUCGCCUGUAGGACGUACGGUACAGGAGGAGCCAGUCUCAACGACGAGGGGGGAGACGAGAAGUCUCAACACCCUGAAGGCAGCAGCGCGAGAGGAGGAGGAGGAGGAGGAGGAGGAGGAGGGAGGAGGGACGCAGCGGCCGCUCCGGGGUCCCCGACACUCAGCCGAGGAGAGGCGCCGCUGAAAUGAGAUGAGGCUCAGAAAUGGAACUGUGGCCACUGCGAUUAUUUUCUUCACGUCCUUCCUCAGCCUGUCCUGGUACACAGCGUGGCAAAAUGGCAAAGAGAAGCUGAUAGCGUACCAGCGGGAGUUCCAUGCCUUGAAAGAGCGGCUUCGCGUGGCCGAGCACAGGACGCUGCAGCGCUCGUCCGAGCUCAACAACAUCCUGGAGCAGUUCAGACGCGCCAUAGCCGAGACCAACAGCAGCAAAGAUGCUCUCAUAAACUUCUCAGAUGAGACACAGAAACUACUGAAGGAGCUCGCCAAUAGGAAGCCUCUCCAGGUGCCAAAUAUCUACCACCACAUGCCUCACCUUCUCAACAAUGAGGGCAGCCUGCAUCCUGCUGUGCAGGUUGGGCUCGGCCGCACAGGAGUUACCAUGGUGAUGGGGAUCCCCACGGUGAAGCGGAAGGUGAAGUCCUAUCUGGCUGAGACGCUGCGUUCGCUAAUAGACAAGCUGUCGCCAGAGGAGAAACUGGAUUGCGUCAUUAUCGUCUACGUUGGGGAGACUGACGUGGACUACGUUCACAGCGUGGUUGCUGGCUUGGAGAAAGAGUUUUCUACAGAGCUGAGUUCAGGCUUGCUGGAGGUGAUAUCCCCGCCAGCCGCCUAUUACCCCGAACUCGCCAACCUCAAAGAGACGUUUGGAGACUCCAAAGAGAGAGUCAAAUGGCGAACCAAGCAGAAUCUGGACUAUUCCUUCCUCAUGAUGUAUGCCGUGAGCAAAGGUGUUUAUUACGUCCAGCUGGAGGAUGACAUCGUGGCCAAGCCCAACUACUUUGCAACUAUGAAGAACUUUGCCCUGCAGCUCUCGUCGGAAGACUGGAUGAUCCUGGAGUUCUCUCAGCUGGGCUUCAUCGGAAAGAUGUUCCAGGCUCCGGACUUAAACCUCAUUGUUGAGUUCAUUUUCAUGUUCUACAAGGAGAAGCCCAUCGAUUGGCUGCUGGACCACAUUCUCUGGGUCAUCUGCAAUCCUGAGAAAGAUGCGAAACACUGCGAGCGGCAGAAGUCCAGCCUCCGUGUGCGGUUCAGACCUUCCCUGUUUCAACACGUGGGACUCCAUUCUUCUCUCGCUGGAAAGAUCCAAAAGCUCACGGACAAGGACUUCCUGAAGCCGCUGCUCCAUAAGAUGCACGUCAACCCCCCAGCUGAGGUUUCCACUUCAGUGAAGGUGUAUCAGGGUCACACGCUAGAGAAGACGUACCUGGGAGAGGACUUCUUCUGGGCCAUCACUCCGACCACAGGAGACUACAUCCUCUUCAAAUUCGACCGGCCUGUUAGUAUAGAGAAGUUCCUGUUUCGCAGUGGUAAUCAAGAGCACCCGGGGGAUAAGAUCGAGAACACCACAGUGGAAAUACUGCCUGUUUCGGAACCUGGACUGCAGACCAAAGAGAAGUACAAGCGAACUGAAGACCGCUUUUACAGGAUCGGUCAGUUUCAGAAGGGCGUGGCCGAGGGUGCGGUAGAUCCUGCUUUCAAUCCCAUCAUAGCUCUUCGGCUUUCGGUUCUCAAAGACUCGGCGGUGUGGGCCAUCCUCAGUGAAAUACAUAUAAAACGGAUAGCUGGCUGACUGUUCUGGAGCGGGCACAUGAAUCAUGGCCCCUGGGGGACCAAGACCUCCUAGAUUGCUUAUGCAGGGCCUCUGGUACCCGGCAACCAGCAGUGAAGCCAUGAGAGCCCACUAGAGUUGCUCGUCUGAGCCUCUCUAAGGAACGCCACCUCUCUGUACUUCCUAAUGUACUUUGUUUUGCUUCUCAUCAAUCGAUUUGUCCAUAUUUUUUUUUGUUCUUCUUCUGCAUCUCCCCCUCACUCUUGUGCUCUUAAUCAUGUGUGAGAAUGUGAAUACUACUGUCCUAAAGAACGACCGUGGAGCGCGUGAAGACAUCUGUCCCCCGGCUUUUAAAGUGACUGUUGUUCAGCAGCUUUGACACAAAUCAGAAGAAAAAAAACGCUUGGAUGAACGAGGACAAAAAUCAUCACAUCUAGGGAGAGGGGGAGGGGGGAGACAAGUCACCUGGCCACUGGUGUAGAUGCUGCCAAAUCCUCCUCCCGUUACUCAAUGCUGCCACCUUCCGGGCGAGCUGGGGCAUUUGCACUGUCACUAGCGCCUCAGCUGAAGCCCACUGAUGACCGAUGGCCGAUUGCUCUCUGUUCUCGGCAGACGACGGAGCUCGAGAUCCAAAACCAGCCCAAAAAACGACAAUGUUUCCUUCACUCCCAGAGUAUCGUCAGCAGCCGCACUCAAAUACUCCACUUGUCUUGAGAAUCGAACUCGGGAUGAGCUCACCGAUACAAAAACCCUGCCUGUAGCCAGUCGGUAACAACUUUGCCCGUACGGUAGGCCGGAUGUCAUGGUAACUACCCCAGACCAUCAAGAAUAGUACCGUGACCUCUAUCUGUCUGACAGGCUGUGUAUGACCUUAGUGUCCAUUUAUAGUAAACCAAUCAGACAUUGCCUUGGCGUCAUUUUCCUGAAGGAAUAUAUUGUCAUAUUGAUAUAUUAUUACAGCUUUGACGAUCUAUGAAGGUGACUUAAUUUAUUUGAAAUAAAUCUUUAAUUUGUACAAGAGGUAAAAAAAAAAUAUAUUUUUAUUCUAUUGAGAGAUGUUUAUGGUAUAGUUCAGAGUCCGUUUUAUUUGUGUACCGUUUUUAUUAUUAUUUUCUUUCUCUUUUUUUUUUUUUCAAAAUCGCUGUUUUUUUUCUUUUUCAUUAUUACAAAGCGACUUAACUUUAGCUGGUGCCGAGUAGCUUGGGUUCACUCUGUGCCAGUUUCUUUUCACUUGAAGGGUAAAACAACUAAAAUGAUUAAUCUGGACUUCGUGAAGUCUGAAUUAUAAAAUAGAGUUGUGAAUCGGAUUCUGUUGAAGGAGUUGUGGGGUCGAAAUUGGAAAAAAACAAACAAAAAAAAUGUGCCUUAUAUCCAGGUCCCUUGCAAUCGUCUCGGCAACAUUAUUCCAAUCUCUCACUCUUGCCUACACUGGUUGCUGGAUAUACUAAUAUGUUGAAAUAAUAUUAGUAAUUGGGUGUUAAUAACAAUAUUUCUGUGUACAAAGUGAUAAAAAGAGAGUGGGGGGGCGGGGGGGGGGGUUGUACCAGGUUAUCAUCUGAAACUGCAUGAUUUGCACUGCUUUGUCACUAUUGUUUUUUUGGUUGUUGUUAUUGCCACACGCUUCACCAUUGUACUUAAAUGUGCCAUCCCAUGGAAGACGCUCAGUUCACCGACUCCCCAUCAAAAUCAACAUAAACAAUCUUCAGUCUCGUAGAGGAUUUGUUUGUUUUUUUUGCGAUUGGACAAAACAUAUUAAGACUACUGAUUCAUGCAACGCCUUCUGUUGUAUGAUUUGGUAACGUAGUACUUUCACUGAUUGCAAGUAUUUAAAUAAGCAAUGAGCAUUCUGUCUCUCUCGUCUUCCUCAUUUAAUAGUUUAUUGAAAUUCACUUGAAAUGUUUGUGUGUUUGUGGCCAAUGUUUUGAGUGGAAGCAAUUUAAAUGACACUUUACUCAUUUUACAUGUUAGUGGUUUAUUCAAGGGGCCAGUGAAGUGCCUUUUUGGUGGAAUAGGUAUAAAAUAAUUUCUUUUUGGUGCAAAUUAUGUUCAUGUGCAUGAUCAUUAUUUGUAGUUCAUAAACAAUGGGUUAUGGCCCUGACACCCUCUGAUCAAAACCAACCAACCACGCUAGAGCUGUAAUCAAGAAAACUGACUAAGCUAAAAAGCUUAAUUUCCGCCUCAUCAGAUUCUUUUUUUUUUUUUUUUUAAAUUGGGGAGAAGAUGAGAGCAUGUCGCCUACAUGGGGGGGACAGACAGGAACUGAAUGCAUGGCAACUGCAUGACAAGGUGAAUAUCCCUGAUUCCUCCUCCUGUAUAUGUGGAAAGUGGACUAGGGAUAAAAAAAAAAUAAAGGAACUCCAUCGACAACCCUA